CCACCACAACAACAAAGAAACAAAGAGAGAGUUAUAUAUCCAACCCUAGCCAAGGUCCAUUAUUCAACCAAUAAAAGGGAGAGUAAUAAGAAAGAAAAUUUUGAGAGAAAGAUAUUAGAGAGAGAUGACUGAAGAAAGUGCUGGAAACACAGUUGCAACCUCUAUUACCCCAUUCAAUUGGUGGUAUCUCCAGGCAAAUUCUCUUUCUUCCUGGAACGAUACUAAUAGCACAUGGAGCAACCAACCAAACCCUAACUCUUCCUCUUCUUGUGAGGAGGAUAUAUCAGUCUCUACAUCUUUCACUAAUGCUUCCAACCAUUCAAGCCUCACCGUUGAGUCCUCUCGCAGACUCAUUGAGCCACCUGCUCCUUCCUCCACCGAGUUGAUGGGAGAACACGCAUCAGAUAAUCAACUUUGGAGUCAUGUUUUAUCAGGUGUUGGAUCAGACGGCGAGUUACACAACAGCCAAGAAAUUGGAGAGAAUUUUCUGGAUGCACUGUCAUCCAAAAGCAUGACAAGCACUAUGUUUCAACCAGUGUGUGACUACUUGAAGAAACUAGAUCAUACAAGUUGGGAGUAUAAUGGUUCAACUUCACUAAAUAGCUUUGAGAAGCACUUAAAUGGGUUCAGUGAGGCGAUGCUUGAGAAUAAUGAAAGGUUGACCAAGUUAUCUAAUCUUGUGAGCACUUGGUCUAUUGCCCCACCAGACCCAGAAGUUAGUAGCCACUUUGAUCCACAAAAAACAAACAACAUGUCCUUGAGUUCUAAUUCCAUGGAUCAUCACUUCCCACAAUUUGAACACUUCAAGCAACCUUUUGAAGAAGCAAGUAGAAACUCUGGAGUGUUCCCUAAUUGCUAUGAUCAUGACAUGAAGGUCAAGCAAGAGUAUCAUGCAAGUGAAGUGUCACCAGGAUCAGUAUUUGGAAAACCAUUAAAUGCAAAUGGAUAUCGAAAUGGAUUUAAUAGCCUUUCAGUGGUAGAUAGUUGCAAACUCUACCAUGACAUGCCCAAUAUUUCUUCAUGCACAAGAAAUUUCUCAGAUGUUAUAUCCUUUAAUAGUAGAUUGGGAUGGCCAGUUAUUGGAGUCCAUGGUCAAAAGCCUAGUAUGAAGUACCUGAACGUAUCUGAACCAAAGAAGCAAGGUCUUCAGACACCAUCACCACCGGUAAUUAAGAUAAGAACUAAUGUUAAUGGAAAAGGGGAGGGGACAACACGUGAAGUAAAGAAGAAAAGAUCUGAAGAAUCUUCAGAUGCAAUGUUGAAAAAGCCUAAGCAAGAUACAUCAACAGCUUCUUCUUCAAAGGUGCAGGCACCCAAAGUCAAGCUAGGGGACAAAAUCACAGCCCUUCAGCAAAUUGUGUCUCCAUUUGGAAAGACAGAUACAGCAUCUGUGCUGUUUGAAGCAAUAGGGUACAUAAAGUUUCUUCAAGAACAAGUCCAGCUACUGAGCAACCCUUUCUUGAAAGCUAAUUCACACAAGGAUCCAUGGGGAAGCUUGGAUAGAAAAGAUCAUAAGGAGGACACAAAGCUAGACCUUCGAAGCAGAGGUCUGUGUUUAGUUCCUACUUCAUGUACUCCUCUAGUUUACAGAGAAAGCAGUGGACCAGAUUACUGGACACCAGCAUACAGAGGAUGUUUGUAUAGGUGAAAUUAAAAUGUGUCACCUCUAAGAUACUAUAUACUAUGUGAAUGUACGUAUAUAUGUACCUUGCUCGAAACUUGGAAAAUUAUAAAUUAAAGGCUUAGUGAAUAAAGGUAUAUCAUGAUAAAAGUAAAUCUUUUUUUUUUUCUAGCUGUAAUGCAUGAGUUAUAUAUGAGUAAACCGAUUUUGGUU